ACUUAUCAAUGACGUAAUGGACAUGAAAAAGCUAAUAACUAGUUAAGAAGGCAGUUUGUAAAUCUGGAAAAGAGAACGGAGUUUGAGACAUAAAGGACGUGGACACGUUGGUGAAGCGAAUACAAAGACUUGGCAGUGGGCUGUUAGACACUGCAACGUCUGGGGGAAGAUCACUUUCAAAAGAGACCAUGGUGCAGCACACCGACAACAGCGAGACGGAGGGUAGCAUGUCAAGGGAGGCUACAGAUUCAGAGGAGAGCGAAUUUAUGGCUUGCAGCCCCGUGCCGAUAAAUCCAGACUGGUGCAAGACAGCAACCGGUCAUAUAAAGAGACCUAUGAAUGCAUUUAUGGUUUGGUCUAAAAUUGAAAGAAGAAAGAUCAUGGAGCAGUCUCCGGACAUGCAUAACGCAGAGAUUUCCAAAAGGCUGGGAAAGCGAUGGAAGAUGCUAAAGGACAGUGAAAAGAUUCCCUUCAUCAGGGAAGCAGAGAGACUCAGGUUAAAACACAUGGCUGAUUAUCCCGAUUACAAGUAUAGACCCAAGAAAAAGCCAAAGCUCGACAGUUCAAAACCAUCAGCACCAUUUCCAGAGAAAUCUAGCAGCAAAAUGGCAAAGACUCCCGGUAAGAAAUGCUCAAAAAUAAAGGCUAAGACCCAAUCUAAAUCGUCUCACAGCUACGGAGAUGACCGUGUGUUCCCAAAAGUUACAAAGACGGUUAAAACUGAACUCACAGAUGAUGAUGACGCUGAUGAAUACGAGGAGGCCUAUGGUAUGCGGAUUAAACAGGAGGACGAGGAGCAUAUGAGGCUGUAUAAUGUAGCAAAAGUUCCCGCGAGCCCAACUUUGAGCUCCUCGGCUGAGUCCGAGGGGACCAGCAUGUAUGAAGAAGUACGGAAUGCGGCACCGAACAGACUGUUUUACAAUUUCAAAAAUAUUACUAAGCAGAGCACAAUGUACCCUGCUUCCGUCUCACCAGCAUCUUCUAGGUCAGUUUCCACAUCUUCCAGCUCCAGUGAGGACGCGGACGACUUGCUUUUUGACUUCAGUUUAAAUUUCGCCCCCAGCGCUCACGGGCAGGAGCUGGGAAACACGAAUUCAGGAAAUCUUUCCCUCUCUCUUGUGGAUAAAGAUUUGGACUCUUUCAGCGAGGGCAGUCUGGGCUCUCACUUUGAAUUUCCAGACUAUUGCACUCCAGAGCUCAGUGAAAUGAUAGCUGGGGACUGGUUGGAGGCGAACUUUUCUGACUUGGUGUUCACAUACUAAAUUUAAAGUAUCCGAGUAGUAACAGAGAAUGAUAAAUGAAAUGAUGUCCUGUUCAAGUUGUUCCUAUAGCCCUGCCUCCUCUGUGGUUUCUAGGGGUCCGGGGGAGGAGACGAGGUGAGGUUUGAGGAAUUAGAUGCUUAUGAAGCUGGUAGCCUACUGUAGCAAAAAAAAAGUCUGCAGACGUUUUUCUGGCAGCAUGACAGGGUUUUAUGGAUUUUUCUGUAGGUCUACAAUUACUAUUAAACUAAAACGGACCACAAAGGGAAACAUCUGUGAACUUCUAUGCAUCUUAUCCUCUUAAAACUGCAGGGAGCUGAACACGUAGGACUGUGGACUGACCUAAAGAAAAUCUGUGAACUGACAAUGUUCAGGAUGUUACUUUUUCAACGGUUUUAUGUCAUUUCUAUAUGCCGCAAACGUUUCGUUUUUUUUGUAACUGAUUCCGUUUACCUCCUGAUUUGAAAUUAAGCAGCCUAAACCUCUUCAGAAUACAGGUGUGGAGGAAACAUUUUGAUACAUAACAGACCUCAUCUUUUUAAAAGAAAAGUAAGAUAUUUUCAGGCAUAUUUUUGUACAGUUAAAAGGGAACGUUCUUACUGUGCUUUCAGUGAGUUUCAGGCACUUCUUCCCUUUAUCAUUUGUUUUCGCAUGCAAGGGAGUCCUGGUUUUAAGGAUUAAGUUAAAUUAAAACUUGCAUCAAAAUGCCUUGUGGAUUUUAAGGUUUUGUACAGUUGUAGAGCAGAUUUGUUCAGUAUUUGUAGACGAUACAAUGGCAUCAUGGGGACAACAUACCUCAGUGCUGGGACUAGUUUCAAGAUUGUAUAUGUACUGUAAUAUAGUAAAUUUAGGAGUUUAUGUAUAUCAUACUCGUGAUAUGUGGAUGGGUCCCAGAUCGCAGGUCUGAAACUGGAUUUUGGUAUUUUUUAAUGGCACAUACUGUUUUUCCCCCUCAUUGUUUGUGCAAUAUAUACUCUUAAAAUACAGACCAUCUGCAUUUUUGUAGCAAGUGAUGGAAAAACAGCCUUGUGCACUGUCAACAUCAUUAUCUGUCAUGAUGCAGAAGUCUGCCUUGACAGAAAAUAAAUAAAUCAGCUGGAACUGAUACAAAAUGACUUAAUACGGCCAUGUGGUGUGAUACAUUUAAAAGACAAAACAAAGAUACAAAUUUGAAUUUUAUUUGACCCACUAGUUUGCAUAUUGGGCAUAUCCAAAACAUAUCUCAACCAAACUGUAAAACCCCAAACUUUUGGAAGGAAAAAAAAUAGAAGUACUGCAAGUGGCAUACUUUUAUGUGGGUGGUCUGGCAAAAGUCAAACAAGCAAGCAAAAAAGAACAUUCCAUAGUCCUGUUUCAUGAAAUGAAACGUUUUAUUUGAAACUGAAGACUGCCUUCUUUUCUUAAACAUUAACCAUAAACCUGUAUUUAUGUUUCUUGCACUUCAGAAAGAUAUUGUUUAUUUUUAUGUGGGUCUUACAUAUGAAGUCUGUUUGAAUACAAUGUUUGGAGCAUGACCUAAUUAUAUGCCAGGAAAAUGUUAAAAGGUUCAUGGCAGUAGUUAUUUCACGUUCCAAGUGUGAAUCUCUCUUUGACUCAUCUUUUAAUAAACAAGUACAUACCACCA